AUGGAGGUCGAUCUUCGAUAUGACGCCAAAAUCAAAGGCUUAGCCAUCAAAAACGGCCCAGAACACGUGGACCCACAACUCCAACUCGAGCUUGAACAACUCAACACCAUCUGCACUGAACUCAUUGGUAUCACGGACGCUGUGCCAUCACCUCCAACACCAGAGAACUUCAACAAGGACAUGUCGCGUAUGAUCAGCAAGCUUUACGAGGGUGGUGUCCAAGCUUUCAAGAACGGCAAGAUCCAGGAUUCCGAAAAGCAAUUCACAAUUGCCAUUGAGGUCAUCAACCGUAGAAACAAGUUUGAGGCGUUCCAGGGUACUCUUCAGGAGCUCGGAAUCUUGCUCAUGGCACGCGCAGACACAUACUUGGCAGGCAAGAAAUACGUCAAGGCCUUCAAUGACGCUGAUUUGUUGAUUGGGUUGAUGAUGUGCACGCCCGACAACUUCUUACGUAGAGGUGUGGCCAACUACUUCUUGGAGAACUACGAGGAUGCACGCGCUGACUUCCAGCGCGGGUUGGCUUUUGACCCAAACAAUGAGAAGCUCUUGGCUGAGUUGAACAACGUCUUGGAUAAGAUCUUGGACGAAAAUGGAGACUACUUGUAG